AUGUCUAAUAUAAACAAUGCGCUUUGCAUUGAAAAUGGACAGAACGCUGAUGUGUCUCUCUUGCAGAAGGAUAAUCUUCAGGAUGGUGGAUUAAGCCAGCUUUUGGAUUAUAAUGCUGAAAUGGAAAGGUACAGGUCUUUUGCAAACUUUUACAAAACCAACGGGGCAUUUCCACAGACUGCAAAAAUUGCCCGCAUCACAACACCCAUUUUUCCCAGUGCCAGAAUUGGCAUGUCCCCUUGGAACUGCGAUAACGCCAUGCUCUGGGGAAGGAAAUCAGCGGCAAUAAACCCUAAUAGGACCAGCAUGCAUAGAAAUGACUCCCAGAGGCCAGGGAAGCCUGGCGUGCCGCCAGAGACGCUGCAAAUGGCAAAUAAUAAUUUCCUCUCUACCUUAUCCCCUGAACACUGCAGACCUUUAGCAGGAGAAUGCAUGAACAAGCUGAAAUGCGGCGCUGCUGAAGCAGAGAUAAUGAAUCUCCCAGAACGCGUUGGAACUUUUUCCGCUAUUCCGGCUUUAGGGGGCAUCUCAUUACCUCCCGGGGUCAUCGUCAUGACAGCCCUUCACUCCCCCGCAGCCUCAGCAGCCGUUACAGACAGUGCGUUUCAAAUUGCCAAUCUGGCAGACUGCCCACAGAAUAAUUCCUCGGCAUCCAGUGGAAACCCAGCGAAGAAGAAAAGGAAAAGGUGUGGGGUCUGUGCGCCCUGCAGGCGGCUAAUCAACUGUGGUGUCUGCAGCAGUUGUCGAAACCGCAAAACGGGCCACCAGAUCUGCAAAUUUAGGAAAUGCGAGGAGCUGAAGAAGAAGCCGGGCUCCUCGCUGGAGUCAGGCUGGGGCUGGAACACAUCCGAACAACCCCGGGCUUGGCUCAGCUCCAAGCAGGGCUGGGAAAUGGUUUUCAGCAGAGAGCCAUCCCUCUCUGCACCCGGUCAUUUUAACCAAUUAUGGAAACCGUCUCUGGAUGGGGAGAAUCAAUAUCCCACAAAGCCUCAGCCUACGACCACCAAGAGAUGGCCCGAGAAUGGAUUAGCCUGGCAGAGGAAUCUCAUCUAA